GGAAACUGCUAUCAUCUCUGAUAAUUAUGGCUGCAGUCAUCUGUGAGAAUCGUUCGUUUCUGAAGUUUCAAGAUGGCCAUCUUGUCCUGCCUUCUGAAGCUAAUGGAGCUCUGCUGCUUAUCAUGCUGGGGAAAGUAUUGCUCAAUCUGUUUCUAUUGCAAGUCCGAAAACACAGUCACCAUGCGAGUUUUAUGAGCUACUUCUGCAUUUCACUAGCUAUCUUUGACUUGGUUCUUCUGGUAAUUAUAUCUUUCAUCUUCUGUUAUCAGAAUGUUGUGCUUUGGGGGAUUAGCUUUACUGAGUAUCACAUCUGUCUUUUGCCUCAGAUCACCUCCUUUCUCUAUGGCAUCUUACAUUACCCAAUUUCUUUUAUAGCUGGCUUGGAUUAUUACCUUACAAUAACCCACACUUCCAAAUAUAGGAACGUGUGUUGGAAAUUAGUGUACACGGUUGCUGUGUUACUCACAUGGAUAUUUGCUCUUGGUUGUGUUCUGAAUCUUCCAAGUACUUCUUUAUGGCCGAACAUAAAUCAUGACAGUUAUGCAUAUCAAUGUCCUUUCUACAUCAGCAGCCAAACUUACUGGCUCUCACUUGGUAUGUUGUCCAUCAUAUGCCUGGUUCUUGUUUUCUGUUGGUCAGAAAUUGUGGAUAUGGCGCAGUCCAUUAAGCUUAUUUCCUUUGAGAGAGAGAUUGUUCUGUUAUUUCCUUAUGAACUUGAGUGCAGCUCCAGAGAUGGUUCAAAACAUCUUUUGACAAGACUUCUGAUCAGCUUUAUGGGCACUUGGGCCCCAUUUAUUAUGCUUCAAAUGCUCAUUGUGUUACUUAAUGCUGAGAUUCCUGCCUACAUCGAGAUGAAUAUCCCCUGGCUUUAUUUUGUCAACAGCUUUCUUAUUGGGGUUGCAUGUUGGGUGAGACGUCAUCACAUUGAGUUCACUGAAGACUCUUGGGACGUGGAUCCAUUUGUCAGCUGGAAAUUUUGCUUUAUUCCUGUCAACCUUCAAAAAACUGGUAAAGCUGUAAAGCUGGACACUGAAAUUAUAAUCUGCUAAUGAGCUACUAUGGGAGAAGAAUGUAGGCUGGAUUACAAUCAAUGGAGAAAGCUGCAAAUUAAGCUUGUGGACUACAGGAGAGAAAGAACACCAGAUGACUAAUUGGUUGAACAUUUUCUCAAGUUCCAUUGUGUGUGUAGGAGCAUGGCACUAUAAAAGAAUACUGUACUAUUUUCCAAGUUGAAUUUUCAGUAUGGGUAGUUAUUUCAAAAUAAAUGAAGCCUUACUGUGUUGCUAUUGA